AACGACUCAGUGGUCAUUUCACCGAAAGGUGCUGAAGCUGCACGGACACAACCACCGACACACCGACUCGCACAGUUUGGAUUCACCAUCUCCCAGCGCAUUGUCAGCUGGGUUAACGCAGGAGGUUCCCUGUGCACACGGUGUGGAUGUUGGCGUUUGCACCUCACUGUGUGUAGAGGACCACAGGCCGGUCUCAACAUGGUGAGGCUGGAGAUGGAUAAGAUGACGAUGAGGAGGAUGAAGGAGGACGACAUUGAGACGAUCAAGGCCCUCAUCAAGGAGGGCUGCGAGGGCACAGAGAACCGCCUCAUCCUCCACGUCCUCACUCGUCCGCUCUGCCUCUUCAUCUUGGCCAUUUUCUCCUCAAUCCUGCGCUGCAUCGUCCACUCCUUCAUCCUGGCCCUGGCUAUUCCCGUCUUCCUGCUAAUUAUCUUUCUCAAAAUCAGCAUGCCGCGGUCCACAGGGGUUCUGGGCAGCAGCCGCCCCUCCUGGGACUACGUGGGCAGCAGCUACCGGGGGGUUCAGGACGAGACGCUGCAGAAUCCCUAUUGCAGGACCAGCGGCAAAACAACACUGACAAAAAAGCCAAGAUCCAGAAUCGGUACCAAAGACAAGGACAAGGAGAAGGAAAAGGACAAGGAGGUGUCAACAGAGAAGAUCACCCCAGAGCGGGAGAAGGCAGCAGGACAGGUCUGGGUGGCGGACUGCGAUGGGGAGAUCCUGGGCUGCAUCUUCCGGGAGAGUGAGACGCGACCGGGCAUCAGGAGGAUCUGCAGGGUGGUGACAGGCUGCUGGUACCGCAAGGAGGGCCUGGGUCGGAUGCUCGUCCACAGUCUGGAGCAGAGAGAGAGGGCGGCCGGGGCGCACAGAGUCUAUGCACAUGUCCCCUACCCCUCUCAGCUGGGGGAGGUGUUCUUCAAGAAACUGGGUUAUCACCAGCUCGGGCAGGGGGCUGAUGAGGAAGACGAGGAGGAGAUGAAGCUGGAGAAGCCGGAGAGAGGCUUUAUGGGAUACCCCCUCACGAAGGUGUUUUACAAAGACCUGUGAUUGAGUGGUGAUUGACUCAUGAAGUGAAAAGAGAGGCCAUGGGCGCAAGCUGUGGAUCUCUGCUGUGUCAUGUGUGGAAUUUUGUGUAAGUUAAUAAUUUAUUGAGUAUCUUUGUUAUAUAUGCCCGUAUUUAUUUAAUGUUUGUGUUGCUGUUCCUAUUUGUGCGUUUGUUUCAACUAUAUUUGACUUGUUUUUGUUUUCAUCAUAGAAAGCACAAUUUGUCCAUUUUAACAAAACAAAUUAUUAUUUAAGAAUUCAAAGAUGACAUGAUGCCUCAGGUCUGCUGUUCUCCAUCAUGAAGUGAAGUAUUUAUGUAAAAUGUCGGCAAAAUGUUUUAUCGUCAAACUCAUGGUCAAUUGGUUUGCGGGGCGAACAGAAUUGCACCUGUUUCUUUGUGUGUGAAACCUGACAGAUGUGUAGGAGGAUGCACUGUAACUGUAAAGGAAGUGUGUGUGGUUUUUAGGAACCUGCAGAAUCUGUCUAUGGCUGCCGCUGCUCUCCCUCAUGUACAGUGUAUGACUCUGCAAAAACAGCUCUUCCUCUCUUUCAUUGAGAUUCUCUUUGUUAUAUUUUAUCAUUAUUUUAUUACCAGGAAUAUCAGUGACUGAGAAUUUCAGAUUCUGCAUUCAUUCAUGCUGAUCAUGGUAGUAUAUGAGUCAGCCAUUGAGAAAAUAUUUAACUGCUGAAACAUUUGAAUAACCGAUUGGGUUUGAAAUUUCAUUUAUCAUAUUUAUUUCCAUUAUAUUAUUUGUCAAAAUAAGAGAUGUUUUAAGGUUCUCUCAUGAAUGUGUUUUUUUAUAUCACUGUAAACUUUAUGGUUGGACGUGUUUCACACAGAAUAAACAAUCUUAAGGAA